AUGGAUCCCUCAGACACCAUCAAAGUGAUGGUGAAGACUCUCAGGCAGAAGGAGCAGUUCGAGGUCCCUCAGAGCUGCACCGUUUGGCAGUUUAAGGGAGAAGUUGCCAGGCGUUUCAAUACCCAGCCUGAUCUGCUCUUCCUGAUACACGCUGGGAAGGUCCUGGAGGAUCAACACACUUUGAUCCACUGUGGAAUUCACAGUGGUGACAGGAUCCACCUGAUCAUCAAGUCCCAAAGGAGACCACAGGAUGUCCAGGCAGGCGAAGGAACAGCGGCCACCCAGAUGCGACCUCCUGGACACAGCAAUUCCAGCGUGUUCUUGGGAAGCUCGGCAGCUCAGCAAUGCCAAAACGUGCUCUUAGAAUCCUUGGCUCAGCAGCUGGCUGCCAGCCAGGAUAUCGUGGCCCAGAUCAUGGACAACCUCUUGUCCUCGGUCAUGCAUUCAAACCUGGAGCUGAACGCUGUCGGGGGCAACUCGUUCCUGUCGGGCUUCCUCCUCGGGGUAACAGCGGUGGAUCUCCUGGACGUGCAGUUUAGAGACGUCUCGGAUCUGGUGCAGAUCCUGGACGAACAAGAUGUGCACACGUACAGCCUGGGCAGGAGGUUCCUUCAGUACAUCCUCAGCAACUCGGACCUUUUAAGGGAAAUCCUCACGUCCAGCCCUCGGUUGCAGCAGCUGGCUGAAACAGAUCCUGGGCUGCGAGAGAUUCUCAACAACCCACAAGCCAUCAUUGAGCUGUUACAGGCCUCCAGCAAUCCUGCUGUCCUGCAGGAGAUGGUCAGGAACAGAGACAUGGCCCUGAACAACCUGGAGAGCAUCCCCGGCGGGCUCACGAUUCUGGAGCAGAUGUACAGGGAAAUGGAGGAGCCAAUGGAUGCCAGUGAGACACAGCUGGACGACAACCCGUUUGCUUCCUUGGACAGGAAUCCACCCCAGAGUGGAGCCAGGCUACCAGCCUGCACUGAAAACCGGACACCACUCCCCAACCCUUGGGCUCCGCAGCCCAACAGUGACGGCGACGACGCAGAUGACGACGAUGCGUUGGCCGACACCGACGAUGGCUCUGCCUCGGGUUUGAGUCCUACAGCAGAAGCAGUGGUGACCAUCCUCAGGGAGUCUCAGAGCAUGGCUGAGCAGCUCUUGGACAACCCAGAGCUGAUGUCCAGCCUGACGACUGCUCUGGUGAGCCCCGGCAGCCCGGCACAAGCGCUGCUGAGCGACGCCGCCGCGGCGAGCCACGGCAGAUCCCCGUCUCAAGAGCAGUGGCCCCAGGAGCUGCCGCCAGAGAUGGAGAACGUGGAGGUUUCGCCUUUGCUGAGAAACCUGAGAGCCACACAGGCACUGCUGCAGAUGCAGGUGGGGUUGUACACCCUCAUGAGAGAGGUGCCGGAUCUCCUCCUGAGCCUGGAGGACGUGGACGAGGAUUCGGACCUGCAGAGCGACUCGCCGCAGAGCAGCGAGUCUGAGGACGACGCAGCCGAGGACGAAGCAGCCACAGAGGCUCAGGCGGAGAUGGGCGAGGAGGCACCACAGACCAGAUUUCAGACACAAAUGGAGCAGCUCAGGGCCAUGGGCUUCCAGGACCAAACUGCAAUCCUGGAGGCACUGGUUGAGGCAGGAGGAGACAUGGGUGCAGCGGUGAAGAUUCUGACCAGCCGUCAAACAACGCGCCGUGACUGCGACCCCUGA